AUGGCCACUUCUAUCCUCCCGUUUCGGGACAUCAACCUCCAUGCCUCUGCCGCUCAUUACGCCUUUACGUCCCCGUCGUCACCCAAUGCUCCUGCGCUGGUAGUUGACCGUCCGACCGGUGACUUGCGUCUCCACAAUGGUCCUCUUUCUGGUGCGAAACGCAUAUCCAGUAUUGCUGGUAUCUUGGGUAUUAUCAAGUUGAAACUGGAUAAAUAUAUCAUAGUGAUCACCAAGGCUCAGCCCAUGGGCCGGCUGCGCGGCCAUAUGGUGUACAAAGUCGCUGGAACCGAGUUCUUACCCCUUCGUGAACGUCCGUUGCAUGAUAACGAUGAAGAUACCUAUCUGGCGCUAUUGAAGGAAUUACUACGAACGGGCCCGAUGUAUUUCUCGUAUGCGUUAGAUCUUACGAGCAGUUUCCAGCGCCAGUCGCAAAGCGAUGCGAGCCUCCCGAUGUGGAAGCGGACGGACGACCGUUUCUUUUGGAAUCGAUUUAUCCAGUCGGACUUGAUCGACUUCAGCCUAGGCGGGCAGGACACAACAAAUCUGCGCUAUGGAGCCCAGCCCGGGGUCGAUCCCUAUAUUCUGCCGGUGAUGUACGGAAUGCUACGUAUCACUCCAGCAAGGGUCAAGUCGACUACGUUCACAUUCGCACUCAUCACUAGGAGAUGCCGUCAUCGUGGUGGAACGAGAUACUUCUCACGCGGCAUAGAUGAACAUGGCCACGUCUCCAAUUAUAAUGAGACCGAGCAGGUCGUCAUCUUAAACGAUGCAGCCGGGGGCCUAGCGGGUUUUGCGGGCGGCCAGUCGAUGAAGGAGAAAUCGAAUGCACCGGGCCAGGACCUACAAGUGAUGGCUUUUGUCCAAACCAGAGGAAGUGUGCCGGUGUAUUGGGCCGAGGUCAAUAACCUCAAGUAUACCCCCAAGCUUCAGGUUCGUGGAGUGGAAACGGCCGUCGAGGCUGCUCGGAAGCAUUUUACCGAGCAGAUCCGAUUAUACGGGGAAAAUUAUCUAGUCAACCUGGUCAAUCAGAAAGGAAGAGAAGAGCGUGUGAAGUCGGCAUACGAGCAGCUAGUACGCACUUUGGUAUCGUCCUCAACCGAAAGUACCGAGGCUGACGCACAAUCCCCCGAGAAAGUACACAUUUUGGAGUCAAGCCAGAAGCAGAAAGAGCUCGACCGACUGCAUUAUGUGUACUUUGACUUCCACAACGAAACCAAGGGCCUCAAGUGGCAUCGUGCGGAGCUUCUGAUGGACCGAUUGCUGGAGGGACUCACGCGGGGUGGUUAUUUCCGUGGUGUGGAAGACCCCGGUGUCCCUGACGGGCGGUUGGAUAUUCGAUCUUCGCAGAGCAGUGUUGUCCGCACCAACUGCAUGGACUGCUUGGAUAGAACGAAUGUGGUGCAGAGUAUGCUGGGGCGCUGGGCCAUCACGCGGCAACUCACCGAUGCCGGGGUUCUUCGAGCCGGGGAGGCGGCGAACGACGAUCGGGGCUUCGAGAACUUAUUCCGGAACAUCUGGGCUGACAAUGCAGAUGUCGUUUCCAAAUCGUACUCUGGGACCGGAGCAUUGAAAACCGAUUUCACUCGCACUGGCGAACGCACUCGGGCGGGAAUGCUGCAGGAUCUGAACAAUUCUAUCACCCGAUAUGUGCGCAACAACUUCAUGGACGGACCCAGGCAAGAUGCAUUCGAUGUCUUCCUGGGCACGUACCUUCCGCCGGAUUCAACCCUUGGAAGCUUGCAGGUCUUUACUGACCGGCGGCCGCUUACUAUCCAAGCCAUCCCUUACAUCCUGGCUGCGGGCGUGUUUUUCGUCGUGGUUUCUAUGCUAUCAAAGCGGUUACCUGAUGCUGCAGUGUGGCCACUACGCUUAUUCGUUAUUGUGUGCCUCGUAGUUUCCGCCUGGUGCGCGCGCUUCGUCUUUGGGCAUGGGAUGCUUUAUGUAAAUUGGCCCAAAUUAAACACUCCUACGGCUGGCUCCGAAGGUUAUCAGGAUGCGCUUCUUAAGGCUCAUACGGACCCCGUUAUUGGACGGUUUCUCCCCUCGAACAGACACCAGAGAGGCUAUAGCAGUGCUCGGUUGGGUUUUCUGGAAGAGGGCAAAAAAAGGAUCGAAUAA